GACAUGAGCACACUCACCAUCCUCCUCUCCCUGACCUCCAUCGUCUCUCUCCUCUUCAUACGAUUGCUCUAUGUCCUACCUGGACGAUGGCGUCCACGACCUGCGAAGAAGCCGGCGGGGUACAAGGCUCACCUAAUGGUAAUGUUGGGAUCAGGCGGACAUACAGCUGAGAUGAUCAUGAUGCUGAGAAGUUUGGAUAUGGGAUUAUAUCAUAUACGCACCUAUGUCGUGAGUAGUGGAGACAGUCUGAGUGCCGCCAAAGCCAAAGCUUUCGAGGAUUCCCUACCACAAACACACGAGAACGAGACACCCAGGUACCGCAUCACCACCCUCCCCCGCGCCCGCCACGUCGGCCAAUCCUUCCUCACAACCCCCCUCACCGCCCUCCUCUCCCUCCUCUCCGCCCUCCACGUCCUCCUCACCUCCUCACCCGACCUCAUCCUCGCCAACGGCCCCGGAACAUGCGUCACCCUCAUCCUCGCAGCAUAUAUCCCCCGCUUCAUGGGCAUGGGCCCGAGGAUGGUGUAUGUGGAGAGCUUUGCGCGUGUGAGGGGGUUGAGUUUGAGUGGGAGGUUGGUGAGGCCUGUCGUUGAUCGGUUUUUGGUGCAGUGGGAGGGGUUGGUGGGGAGGUACCCUGGGGUUGAGUACAGAGGGGUUCUUGUUGCUGGGUCGACUUCGAAUCGUGGGGAUGCUUCAUGAUCAGACGGGUAUAUCACCCACCAAAGACUAUUACAACUAGACCAAGGAUAUCACAGAAACACACGAUUCUACACACCAUUACAUCACCGCACUCCACAUCCUCCCCACAAACCCCUGCGGCCCCUUCGCC